UCUUUCUUUCUCUGAUCGUACCAAACAGGCAAAGGCACAGCAUAAAACGCAAGCUAACGGCAAAGGGAGAGAGAGAACGAACGAUUUUCAGAGAGACGCACACAGAUCUAACAAACAUGGGCUAGACUUCUGAAGAUCAACAAAACAUGGAGCUACACAGAGAAUAAAGAACCUUCUUUUGAUGGUGGUGUUCCUUUGAUCAGGUUUCUUUUAGAAAUUCGAAGGUAGCGGUUACUCUUUUACGCAUAAAUCAUACUCAUCAGGCACAGUGGGUGAGGCACAAAAAGCUUCAUACUAGCCAUCUGUUUUUCAAUUGAUCUUCUGGUCAAGUACAUCCGGUUCUUAGUUGGAUCAUCGUUACUGUGAUCAGAAUUAGAAAGUAAUAGUUGCUGGAUUGAGUCAUGGCAGCUGUGGCGCACGCAGAUUCUAAACGUAAAUAUUCCUGGUGGUGGGACAGCCACAUAAGCCCCAAAAACUCAAAAUGGCUUCAAGAGAAUCUUACAGAUAUGGAUGUCAAAGUCAAACAAAUGAUUAAACUUAUUGAAGAAGAUGCAGAUUCUUUUGCAAGGAGGGCAGAGAUGUACUAUAAGAAACGCCCAGAGCUUAUGAAAUUGGUUGAAGAGUUUUACAGAGCAUAUCGUGCCUUGGCUGAAAGAUAUGAUCAUGCAACUGGAGUGAUUCGCCAGGCACAUCGAACAAUGGCAGAAGCAUUUCCCAACCAAGUCCCUUUCAUGUUGACUGAUGAUGCACCUGCAGUUUCUGCUGAUGGUGAGCCCCGUACGCCUGACAUGCCACCAAUACGCACGGUUUUUGAUCCUGAUGAAUUACAAAAGGAUGCUCUGGGAAUUUCUCCUUCACAUUCCCAUGCUGUCAAGAGGCAUAUAGCCUUUACCGAAGAAUCUGAUGCUGUUCCUGGAAGAAAGGGUUUGAAACAGCUUAAUGAUUUGUUUGGGACCGCAGAAGGAAGGGCAAGAAAAGGCCUUAAUUUUCAGGACGCUGAAGAGAAAGAUCAAGGCAUGCAAAACAAUGGCAAAAGUGAUAUCAAGGCUCGAGUUCCAUUUGAGUCUGAGCGAGUGGCUAAAGCUGAGCAGGAAAUUGUAACCUUAAAGAAUGCACUUGCUAAACUAGAAGCAGAAAAGGAAGCUGGCCUACUUCGGUACCAACAGAGUUUUGAAAGAUUGUCUAAUCUGGAGUCAGAAGUCUAUCGUGCGAAAGAGGAUUCCAGAGGGCUUAAUGAACGAGCCAGCAAAGCUGAAGCUGAAGUUCAGACUUUGAAGGAAGCCCUUAGUAAACUAAAUGCUGAAAGGGAAGCUAGUUUUCUUCAAUAUCAACAGUGCUUGGACAAAAUAACUAAUUUGGAGAACAAUAUCUCCCAGGCCCAAAAGGAUGCAGAAGAACUCAAUGACCGUGCUAGUAAAGCUGAACUGGAGGUGCAAUCCCUUACGCAGGAAUUGGCUAAAUUAGAGGCCGAAAAAGAACGCAUUCUUCUUCAGUACAAACAGUGUCUAGAGAAGAUAUCUGAUCUCGAAGGAAGGUUAUUGCAUGCUGAGCUAGAUGCCAAGAGGUUUAAUGAACGUGCAGAAAAAGCCGAAAGGGAAGUUGAAACCUUGAGGCAAGUUCUAGCCAAGCUAACUGAAGAGAAAGAAGCUGCUGCUGUUCAGUACCAGCAGUGCUUGGAUACAAUUUCAAGUUUGGAGCGGAAACUUGCUUUUGCCCUGGAGGAGGGCCGAAGGCUUAACUCUGAGAUAGAUGAUGGGGUUGUGAAGUUGAAGGGUGCUGAAGAAAAGUGUCUUCUGUUGGAAAGAUCAAAUCAGACGAUGCGCACUGAGUUAGAGUCUGCGGCACAGAUAAUGGCUUCUCAAAGAGAAGAACUUACAGAGAAGCAGAAAGAGCUGGGGAGACUCUGGACUUCCAUACAAGAUGAGCGUUUGCGAUUUAUGGAGGCUGAAACUGCUUUUCAAACUUUGCAGCAUUUGCACUCUCGAUCUCAGGAAGAAUUGAGAUCUAUGGCAUCCGAGCUUCAGAAUAGAACUCAGAUUUUGCAGGACCUAGAAGCUCGCAAUCAGAGUUUACAAAAUGAAGUUGAGGAGGUCAAGGUAGAGAACAGAGGCCUGACUGAAGUCAACUUAUCUUCAGCUUUGACAAUAGAAAAUUUGCAAGGUGAGGUUUCAAGCUUAAGGGAUAAAAUAGGGAAACUUGAAGCAGAGGUAGAACUUCGGGUGGAUCAAAGAAAUGCUCUUCAGCAAGAAAUUUACUGUCUGAAGGAGGAACUAAAUGACAUGAACAAGAAACACCAGGACAUCAUGGACCAGGCGGAAUCAGUUGGCUUCAGUCCAGAGUGCCUCGGGUCAUCUGUGAAGGCUUUGCAAGACGAGAACACAAAGCUGAAAGAGGUUUGUGAGAGAGAGAGAAGCCAAAAUGUAGCUCUUUUAGAAAAGUUGGAGAUCAUGGAGAAACUUGUAGAGAAAAAUGCUCUUUUGGAGAAUUCAAUAUCAGAUUUGAACAUUGAGCUAGAAGGGGUGAGGGAGAGGGUACAAGCGUUAGAAAAAUCCUAUCAAUCUCUCUUGGAAGAGAAAUCCACUCUUGUUUCUGAUAAGGCCACGCUAUUCUCUCAGUUACGGAUUGCAACUGAUAAUUUAGAGAAACUCACAGAGAAGAACAACUUUCUGGAGAAUUCCCUUCUUGAUGCAAAUGCUGAAGUUGAGGGGUUGAGGGUAAAGUCAAAGAGCUUACAAGAAUUAUGUAUGUUGCUUGACAACGAGAAGUCUGAUCUAGCCACUGUGAAGGGAAAUUUAAUUUCUCAGUUGGAGAACACCCAGAAAAUACACGAAGAUUUGGAGAAAAAUUUUAGAGAGUUACAACAGAAAUACUCAACUUUGGUGGAGGAGAGAGAAUCCACACUUCAUGAAGUAGAAGAAUUACGGGUUCACUUAAAUGCUCAAAAGCAAGAAUAUGCUAGUCAUGCCCAGUUGAGUGAGUCUCGAUUAGCUGGUAUGGCAACACAGAUUCAACUGCUGCAAGAGGAUGGCCUGUGUGUAAAGAAAGAACACGAAGAAGGAUUGGACAAAGCCUUUUAUGCUAUGACAGAUAUCUUCAUUUUGCAGAAAUGUGUUCAAGAUCUGGAAAAAAAUAAUUUGUCCCUUUUCCUUGAGUAUCAAAAACUCCUGGAGGCAUCUAAACUGUCAGAGAAACUGAUUUCUGAACUGAAGCAUGAAAAUCUUCAACAACAUAUGGAAGUGAAAUCUUUGUAUGAUCAAAUUGAUGUGCUGAGAGUGGGGCUUUACACGGUGCUGAGGACUCUUGGACUCGAUGUAAAGCAGGGCUGUGAAGAUAAAGCUGAGCAAGAUCAAAUGCUUCUGAACCAUGCACUGGACAAGCUUCAUGAAACACACAACUUUCUCUUUGAGAUGCAAGAUAAAAAUCAACAGUUGAUCAUUGAGAAUACUGUUCUCGUUACUCUGCUUGGGCAACUGCAACAAGAGGUGGCAAAUCUCGUGACAGCUAAAAACACCCUUCACCAGGAGUUGGCAAGCAGGUCUGAGCAGUUCUUGGUUUUGCAUGGUAAGAACCAAAAACUUGCAGAGGUUAAUGAAGAAUUGAGAUUGAUGAUAAUGGAGAAAGACUGCAAAGAGGAAAAUUUAAAGGCUGAGCUAAAAACUUUGCAAAGACGGCUGUUAGAUUUGCAAGGGGAUUACCAGAAUUUACAGAAAGAGAACUGCAAGGUGGUUAAUGAGCAAAGGUUGCUGAUGAAAUCAGUCUCAGACUUGGGAGAAGAGAAAUGUAAUUUAGAAGAUGAGAACUGUGCCAUAUUUGCUGAGACUCUGUCUCUCAGUACAAUGUCUCUGAUUUUCAGGGAUAUUGUCACCGAAAAAUGUUUGGAUAUAAAAGAGCUUAGUGAAAAUCUGGAUACACUUCAUUAUGUCAACAAUUGCCUUAAUGAUAAGGUGAAGAUAAUGGAGGAGGAGUUAUUGGAGCUUAGUGUAAUACAAGAUGAGAAAAGGGAGCUGCAUAAAAUGGUGGAGAACCUGAAAUGCAAGUAUGAUGAGGCUGAGUUGAUACGAUUAGAUCAAGAAAAGCAGAUCAUUAAACUCUCUGCAGAUUGUGAUCAACAAAUUAAGGUGGUAGAAUGCACUGGGGAAGCAAAUCGAGAAUUGGAGAUUGAACUAGGGAAGUUGAUCGGAGAGCGUUUAGAAGCUAAGAUCAGGGAGGAUAGUUUGAAUUGUGAACUGCAAAAAGGAAGAAAUGAGGUUGAAUGGUGGGAAUCUCAGGCUUCUGCACUUUUUGGCGAACUGCAGAUAUCUACUGUCCAACAAGCACUGUUUGAGGGAAAAGUUCAUGAGCUAAUUGAAGCAACUGAGAGCCUUGAAGGCAGAAAUUGUUUAAAUGCUAGGGAGAUUGACCAGUUGAAAGAAAGAGUUAGCACCUUGGAACUUGAUAAUGAAGAACUAAAGUCUCAGAUAACUGCACAUGUCACAGCUUUCAUCUCUUUGAGGGAUUGUAUAACAUCCCUGGAGAAUCAUACUCUCUCACCUGCAACAUUCCAUGGAGUUCACAAAAAGGAAGAAAAGGAUGCCACAUUUGCGGUGCAUGCUGAAAGCUGUCAACAGAUUAGUGAUGACCGAACUGCCAUGCGUCCAGCUGGAGUUUUGGACUUGCAGGAUUUGCAAAUAAGAAUUGUAGCCAUUGAAGAAGCGGUAAAGGAAAGGGAGAGACUUGUUAUUCUGGAAAACUCCAAUGUUAAUUCCAAACUUGCUGAUGCAAUUAGACAGAUUGAAGAGAUGAAAUCCAAAAGCAGCUUACAUGGAGAAGCUGUUGAAGCAGGCGAGCAUGAGAAUCAAAAUCUAGAUGACAAGGAACUGGGAUCUGAGACUGAUAAUAAUCUCAGGCUUCAGAAUGACAUCUCUGAAGAGGGGAACGGAGUGAUGACGAAAGACAUAAUGCUUGAUCAUGUAUCUGAGUGUUCAUCAUAUGGGAUCAGCAGAAGGGAGACUGCAGAGGCUAAUGAUCAAAUGCUUGAAAUAUGGGAAACUACUGACAAGGAUGCCAGUAUUGACCUGACUGUUGAAAAGGCCCAGAAGGGAACUGCUGCACUGACUGAGAAGAAGCGCAACAAGGAUCAUCCUUCUAUGGAAUCAAUGGUUGAGAAAGACGUUAGUGUGGACAAGUUAGAGAUCUCAAAGAGAUCGUCAGGAUCUCGUCGAGAAUUGAAUGAGAGGAAAAUUCUAGAAAGACUUGAUUCUGAUGCACAAAAGUUAACUAAUCUUCAAAUAACUGUGCAAGACUUGAAGAAGAAGGUGGAGAUCACAGACAAGAACAAAAAGGGAAAAGGUAUUGAAUAUGAUAACGUUAAGGACCAGUUGGAAGAAUCUGAGGAGGCCAUCAUGAAAUUGUUUGAUGUGAAUCGCAAGUUAAUGAAGAGCAUUGAAAAUGAAUCAUUUUCCCUCGAUGAGAAAUCUGCGUUAGCAUUGGAUGAGAGUGGAAGUGUCAGAAAGAGGAGAAUUUCAGAACAGGCACGAAGAGGGUCUGAAAAAAUCGGGCGGGUGCAGUUGGAGGUGCAAAAACUGCAAUUUCUUUUGCUGAAACUCGACGAUCAAAACAAAAGUAGAGGAAAAACCAAAAUCAUAGAACGAAAAACGAGAGUUAAACUGCGUGAUUAUCUAUAUGGUGGGACAAGAAGUAGCCAGAAGAGAAAGAAAGGGCAUUUCUGUGCAUGUGUGCAUCCUCCAACCAAGGGGGAUUGAGAGAAAUAACAUUCUAUCGGCAUAAAUUGGUGUAGUUCUAAGGGUUAAUUAAGACAUUUAGUUUCUUUGUUCAUAAAUUUUAGAAUUCUUCCAUAGAAUUAAAUGUUAUCCCUUGUUUGCUUAAGAGAGGAUCAAGUAUCCUUUAGUUUAGAGAUCCUGUUGUAUAUGACGGCCGGCUUUCAUCAAACGAGGCUGCUGCUUCAAUAGAGCUUCUUGUUCGCUUUCCCUCU